AUGGCUCCGUCUCUCACCAAGCACCAAGUCGCUUCCGCGCAGAUCGAAGGCGAAUAUGCCAUAAAAUCAGAGUCCACGACUCCCAAGCUCGAUACAUCCCAAUGGCCCCUUCUCCUCAAAAACUACGACAAACUCCUCGUUCGAUCUAGUCAUUUUACUCCAAUUCCUAAUGGAUGCAGCCCCUUGAAGCGCGACAUCACUAGCUACAUCAAGUCUGGUGUUAUUAACUUGGACAAACCUUCUAACCCGUCUUCACAUGAAGUCGUUGCGUGGUUGAGGCGCAUCUUACGGGUGGAGAAAACGGGACACAGCGGCACGCUUGAUCCCAAAGUGACUGGAUGUUUGAUUGUCUGCAUAGAUCGUGCAACGAGACUUGUCAAGUCGCAACAAGGCGCAGGGAAGGAGUAUGUUUGCGUAUUACGCCUCCAUGCACCCCUGCCCAAUCCCGCCACACUUCCUCGCUGCCUCCAGACAUUAACCGGUGCUCUAUUCCAACGACCCCCUCUCAUUUCUGCUGUAAAACGUCAACUCCGGAUCCGCACGAUACACGAAUCGAGGCUCAUCGAAUUCGACGAAAAACGCAACCUUGGUGUCUUCUGGGUCUCUUGUGAAGCUGGCACAUACAUCCGUACGCUAUGUGUGCAUCUUGGAUUAUUGACGGGAGUGGGUGGACAUAUGCAAGAACUCAGAAGAGUGCGAAGUGGUGCCAUGUCAGAGAAUGACGAAAUGGUAACGAUGCACGAUGUGCUGGAUGCCCAGUGGGUGUAUGAUAACACUCGUGAUGAAUCAUACCUCAGACGCGUCAUUCGCCCUCUCGAGUGCCUAUUAGUUGGUUACAAGCGGAUCGUAGUCAAAGACAGUGCCGUCAACGCUGUUUGCUAUGGCGCGAAGCUCAUGAUACCCGGCCUCCUACGAUAUGAAGCCGACAUAUCGGUGCACGAAGAAGUCGUGUUGAUGACCACAAAGGGCGAAGCAAUUGCGCUUGCUAUUGCCCAAAUGUCCACUGUCGAGCUUGCUACUUGCGAUCAUGGUGUCGUCGCGAAGGUGAAGCGUUGUAUCAUGGAACGUGAUACAUACCCUCGCCGAUGGGGUUUGGGUCCUGUUGCGCUGCAAAAGAAAAAAAUGGUCAAGGAAGGUAAACUUGGCAAGCAUGGCGAGAAGGUUGAGGGAGUCACGCCAAAGGAGUGGAGUCGCGACUACGUUGACUAUAAUCGUGAUGAAGUCCCAACCGCCGGACCAUCGACAACGGCAUCCGAGCCCCCAGUUACUGAGGCAUCGGUAGAAACUGCGAAUACGACUGAGGAAGCGAGCCCAGUUAAAAAGGAGAAAAAGCGCAAGCGCAAAUCUGACGUCGACGAGGGUUCUGUGGUGCCAGCUGCUGAGGAGGAUGAGGACGCUGCGGCGAAGGCUGAACGCAAACGUUUGAAGAAGGAGAAGAAAGCGAAAGAGGCUGCUGCUGCUGAAGGCGGCGACGAGAAACCCGAGGACGAGGAUGCGCGACGUGAACGAAAGCGCCUCAAAAAGGAAAAAAAGGCACGACAGUCGAUAGGUGGCGAGGAGUAG